AUGGGGUGGCUUGACCGGCGGCGGGAGCAGCCGCAGCCGCCCAAGCUUCUUGCGCAGGUGGCUGUAUCGCUGUUAUGGGGCAUUGUUCCGCUGUCAUGGAUUUAUGCCUUUAUGUUUGUGGCUCUGCGGGUCAGGCAGACUCGACUGCUGCGCCUCGCGGGGCGAGGCAGGAAGCCCACGCUCUUUGGCAGGCGACCGCGCCUAGCUGCCUUGUUCAACAGGCGCCGACUUUUUGUUUGGAGCGUAGUGGAAGUGGCGUUCUCGCUGUACUACCAGUACCUAGUGCGGCGGGUGCAAAAGCGCAACCCGAUUUUGUCGCGUGAGACGGUGGAUCCGAUCAUGAUCCGUGUCAUGCGUGAGGCCAUUCUGGACAAUCUAGAAGAUCCAGCGCGUUUUGUAUCGAAUCUUGAUGCGCACAACGACAUCCCUAUACCCAAAGCAUCACUACCCUACGACGAUCCAUGCGCUGUGGCGUUCCGUCGGGAGAUGAGCGGCUGGUUCAUGGGUAUGAAGCCUGAGCAUAUUACGCGGGCGGAUGUGCUCGAUUGGCUUGCAUGCUUCAUGUUUGACAAGCGCUAUGACGAAGUGCUCGCUCAUGAUACGCGUGACGGCGCCAUGCAGGAGUUGUUGGCCGAGGUUCUGCAUACAUUUGAGGCGCGCCGUGGUCUGCCGUUUGCGGAGUCGGCGCCGCCGGGUGUGGAAAGGAAGCGGCCCAUGCUCCUAACUCUUGAUCCGGUGCAUGUGCACACGCGCCCACUUAUGCUGUACGUCGUGGUGUCAGCCAUGAAUCGCGUGGUGGAAGGCUAUUUCCGUCUGCAUGGUGUGCGUCGGUGCCGGUACGGCUCGCUCUCGUAUCUGCUGUACGUGCCUCGCGGCUGGCGUCCUGAGGCAGUGUCGGCGGGCAAGGCGUACCGGCCGAUUCUCUUCCUGCAUGGACUGGGCCUCGGUUUGAAUGAGUAUGCCCUGGCGCUGCGAGCGCUGCUUCGGCCGUGCGGUCAGCCGGCGCCGUACCCGGUCGUGAUUCCGUUGCAGCCGUGGAUGUCGUACGAGUUUUUUUCGCCGCGGUUUUUGCGUCCCUGGCAUCAUGUAGAAGCGCCUGCGCUGCUCCAUGGCAUUUUGACGCGGCAUGGCUUCGACAAGUGCCAUGUCUCGAUUCUGUCCCACAGCAUGGGCACGAUCGUGCAUGCAUGGCUCAUGCGUGCGUGGCCGAAGCUGAUUGCGCGCUCCGUGUUUGUCGAUCCUGUUUGCUUCCAGCUGUGGGAGCCGCAUAUCUGCUACCGCUUCCUGUAUAAGCCGACCGAGUCGUUCGUCGAGUUUGUGCUGCGGUACUUUGCUGCUCGCGAGCUGGGCAAUGCGAAUCUGCUGACGCGGCACUUUGACUGGUCGUCGAAUGUGCUCCUGAUGCACGAUGUCUGGAAGCACCACACGCCCGACGAUGUGCGUAUCUAUCUUGCGGGAGACGACACGGUUCUGCAUGCGUGGCGUGUGCUGCAUUUGCUCAAGCGCUGUGGUCUGCAGGACUCGGUGCACUAUGCCCCGGCGCUGCAUCAUGGCGAGCUCAUGAUGCUUCCGAACCACCGUGUGCCGGAGAUGAUCGAUGUGCUGAUCCAGUAG